GGUCGGACACCACUUUCAUAUGCGGGAUGGCAAACGAGGAGGUUGUUCGGCUGCUACUCUCAAGGGAAGAUGUUGUGCUGGGCCCGCUUGAAUUCGACAUCUGUAUGGCACUUAUAUUCCGGUACUACCCUUAUCUGAGGGGAUUAGCGCACUUGUUCCUCGCACGGUGGACAUCGGUAAACUUCCGUGUUAGCUGCAAGGAUAAAACACCCUUGUCUCUGGCGGCCUGGUAUGGCGACGAAAAGUCAGUGAAAUUAUUAUUGGCUUGCCACGAUAUCGACGUGAACGCGAUCCCAGAGUGGAGUAGUAUACCACCACUAUGGGCUGCAGCUGAUCGGGCAUUUUGCGGACAUAAUCUAGUUUCACCCGUUGGCUCUUCCAUAAACCAAGACAUCAGCGUGGUUGUUGGUGAUAAUCAACAGUAAGCACACUUAGUGAUGGGGGCUCUAG